UUCCAUUCCAUAGAUAGUACUUCCAAAUUGAAUUAAAGACUGGUCACACCGGUGAUUGCGAUGAAAUGAAAAUAAUAUGGCGGAUCACAAUAACAAGGGCGCUAAAAGGUUUAUUUUGUUAAAAUUUGUGAAUUCCCAUCCUUAUUGAAUUAUAAUUCUUUACAACUGUUAGUUGUAAAGUAUUGUAAAUAAUGAAAAUAUAAUUUCUAUAAUAACAAUGAGUGCAAUCAAAGUAAUUUUUGAAAUAGGCCAUGUGGCUUCAUUGCGCUCUAAGAAAACCCCCGAAGGAUUCACUCAUGAUUGGGAAGUUUUCGUGCGCGGCCAAGAAGGUUCCGAAAUAAGUCACUUCGUCGAUAAAGUUGUCUUUAAUCUUCACAGUACCUUUCACAAGCCAAGAAGAGUUGUCAAGGAACCACCAUUCUCUUUAAAGGAGUCCGGUUAUGCUGGGUUCGUAAUUCCUAUUGAAAUUCAUCUGAAAAAUAAAGAUGAACCUAAGAAGAUACCAUUUAUGUAUGACCUAACUUUGCACAAUAGUGGACUGCUUAAAGACCGAUAUGUAUUCCAAAAUCCAAAUGAUGAAUUUAAAAAGAAAUUGUUGAAGGGAGGGGGAAUGAUUGUACCUAAUAACUCUUACUACUCAAACCCAGAUCAGGAGAGUAGAAGUAGAGAUUCAUUUAGUGAUGAUAAGCCUCAAAUGGUCAGUAAACCCAAAAUGUCAUUGGAAAAUGUUAAGAAACAUAAGAUCAAAGAACACAAAGAAGAAGUACCACAUAAAACAAGUAGUUUUGAGACUUUAUUUGGACCACCCAUCCAAAAACCUCCUAAAGUUUCUCCAGAUCCCAAAAAAGUAGACAAAAAUACUGCCAAGCCUGAAAAGAAAGAAAGAACAAAUUCUGAUAAAAAGUCAAAACAUGACUACAAAGAAGUUAAACCAGAUAAAGCAAAGGUAAAAGAAGAUAAAGAAAAGACCAGAUCAGAGAAAAUUAAAACUCAUAGCAAAGAACAAGAACGAACAAAAGAAAAAUCCAAUAAGAGGAGUAGUGACAGGCCACUUUCGCCAGAGCUGGUUAAAAAAAGAUGUAUCAGUCCCGUGAGAAAACCCCCCAGUCCACCACCCAGGUCAAGCAGUGCGUCCAGCUUCAAGGACGAAUAUAAGCCAUCUAAGCAUGAUGGCAUUGAUCAAAAGAAACAGAAGACAGAGGACAAAGCCCCAGAAAUGAAAACAGACAAAGAGUCAAAGGAAAAGAAGAAAAAAGAAAAGAAAAGCCAUGACAGGGACAAAGAACGUAAGGAAAAAAGGGAACAUAAAAAGGAAAGUCACAAACCAAAAGAAUCUCCCAAAGAAGUUGUGAAAGAGGUACCAAAAAUCAGAGAGGUCCCAAAAGAAGUACCUAAAGAAUCCCCACCAGUAAAGGAGAAACAAACAAAAUUGGAUAAAAGCAAAUUUUCUAUAGAGAAUUUAAGGAAAACUCCACCCCCAGAAAAUGUUGAUAGAUUGGAAAAUCAUAAAUCUAAAGAUAAAGGAGAUUCAGAAAAACGUCAUAAACAUAAGAAAAAAGACAAAAAACGUGAUGAAUCCAGAGAAAAGCACAAAGAGUCUAGUAAGGAGAAAAAGCAUAAGCAUGAAAAAAGGGAGGUAGUUCCGGAACCAGUUGAAGUGAUUGAGCGAAGAGAAACCCCAGUUUCUAAGGAAAGAUCGCUACCAGAACCAGCCUCUCCUAAUUCUAUUGACACAGCAUCACAAUGUAGUUCCAAGAGUGGCCUGGCAAAAACGUCACAUGUCGGAAAUGAAGAUAUAAACAGUAGUCAUUCAGAUUCUGAAAGCUCUAUUGUAGCUGAGGAAGAGGAUACAAAAGUGAAAGUUGAAAAUCCUUCACCAGAGCUACUAAAACAUGAGCCAUCUCCUGAAUUAGAACCGGAGCCUGAUCCAGAGCCUGAACCCGAAGCUGAGCCAGAACCAGAGCCAGUUGUGGAACCCCCACAACCUCAGAAAGAGAAGUCAAGAAAACAUAAAGACAAGUCUUCUAAGAGGGAAGAAAAACGACGUAAAAGGAAAGCCGCAGAAGAGGAAGAAGAAAGCAGAAAAAUUGCUCACAUAGAUAAUGCUGGUCCACUCAACACCGAUGCAGAAAGGGGAGAGAGUAGUGGUUCGGCAUUAAUGGAGACCAAAGUUCAAGACAAUGGUGUUUCCAGUAGCCUCGGUGAGGAUGCUGAGCCUGGGGAUCUGUCCCCAGAGUACAUGGUGCAACUGCGUGACCUGCAAAAGCGGAUCAUGACCAUCAAUAAUAAUGAAGAACUUGAACGAGUUGUAAAUUUGAUAGCAGAAACUGGACGGUAUGAAGUUACUACUCAAACAUUUGACUUUGACUUGUGUUUGUUGGAUCGGUCAACAGUGCAGCAGCUGAUACAACUAGUAGGCUGCUAGCUAAAAUUUCAUUUGGACUAUGGGACAAUUUGUACUAGCCCUUGGCAUUUACUACCAAAGUGAUAGUACAAAACAGCAGUGUAUUGCAAUGUUGGUACAGAAUCACAAAGUAUAGUAUUCUGCUUGUAUUGUGAAUAUAAGUUAUUUGUAGUUUAAAGAACUUGUGAGAGUAAAUGAAGUGUGUAAUGCUAGGAAUUAUCUUGUUAAUAAUACAUUAUUAUAUUCACAUUACUCUGAACUGUGUUAAGUGCAAUACUGUAUAGGUAUUUAAAGCUAUAAGACUGUUAAAGAUUGUUAUAACUUAAUGUAUAUUUUGUACAUUAAAAUAUUAUUAAUUUAAGUUUAAGCUUGGAGAGUUUUUAAUAAGCUUCCGGAAUCUCAGGCUAAGAUGAAGGAAGGCUGUGUAAAUAAAUUGUAUGAAAGUUAAUAGUAAGCAGUAAAAAUCAAAGUAUUUGAUUUUAUUUUAAAUAAUGAGACCUACACCUAGAACACAAUAUGUGCAGAUGCUGUAAUUAUACAUUAUGAUUAAUAAAAUAUUGCACAUAUUAUGAAAUAACACUGUCUGGUGUCUCUCGUUUUGUCAUUAAUGCAAAUCAGCAUUAAUUCUUUGCAUAUUAUUAACUUUAAGUUUUUCAACAUCACGUGUAGCUGAUAUGGAUUUUAUUAAGCACUUCACUUUUGGAGUGAAAUAUUAUUAAUAAUAUUUUAUAAGAAUCAAUGAAAUUUUUCUACAAAAUGAAAAUCUUCUCAUUAUUAUUGGCUAUGGGUUUGUUGACUUGUCUGUGUCUCUAUGUUACAUAACUUAUUUUUUCUUUAUUUAUCUAGCUUAACACUACACAAUAUAAAUAAAAUUAUAGGAGUGUAAUUUAUUGAUGUUUUCUUUUUGUUAACAAUUGUUUAGUCCGUCAUUAGUCUCUCUUUGCUCUCUACUAUAAUAAGAUAGCUUUUGCUUAUACCCGCGGAUCGCCCUCGAGAAUCUAGCGACACCUACCAAAGAAUACAGGAUUUUCGUAAAUCCCACGGGAUAGUAUACCAUAGUUUUUACCGUGAAAAGUACCCUAUAUUUUUCUUCAGACUCUGGAUAAAAAAUGCGCGGAAUUUAAAGAAAAAUGGUUCAGUAGAUAACGCGUGAAGAGGUAACAAACAAAUAAACUUUCGCAUUACGUCGGUUCAUACUAGAAAACACGAUAUAAGAAUUUUUAGAAGUGGACAUGCUAAGAUUAGGUAUUAAUUUUCCUGACUGUAUUGGGGAACGUGUUAAGACCAUUAAAUAGUGGUGGAAAGAUUUUAAGUUUACAACAGGUCUUGACGCUUUUAACCCGGUUGCUUAUGCUCUGGGGAUAAACUCUGCAUUUUAUAUUGUUGAAUUAAAUGUGCAAGUUCUAACUGUU